AUGGCCACCAAGACCCCGGUCCUCACCACCAAAGCUCCUCCACCGCUUCCCGGCAUCUACAGCCAGGCCAUAAUCGCUAAUGGAUUUGUCUACUGCUCCGGUGCUGUUCCCAUGGAUGCAGAGACGGGAAAGAUCAUCGAUGGUGACAUUCAAGCUCACACCCAUCAAUGCAUCAAAAAUCUGAGCGCUAUCCUCGAGGCAGCGGGGACGAGCCUGGACAAAGUUGUCAAGGUCAACGUCUUCUUAUCGAACAUGGAUGACUUUGCGAAAAUGAACGAGGUCUAUUCCACCUAUUGGGGUGACAUCAAGCCUUGCCGAACAUGCGUUGCUGUCAAGACGCUUCCUCUCAAUACAGAUGUUGAAAUUGAGUGCACUGCAGUGCUGUAG